AUGUAGCAAUAACUUGAUAAUCAAUGUCUAGAUAUAAGCCGCAAGCUUAAACUAAAAAUCAAACAUAAAAAAGUAAAAUCUGAACUUGACUUUACCAACAAAGUUUAGCCUAGAUUUCACAUCUAAAAGCCACUGGUUAUACAGACCCUGUAGCAAUAGAAUAUUGAAGUAAAGGCGUCUGUUGACAGUAUUGCGCAGACUGUAAAAAAUUAUAAACUAAUGGAGUAAAAUAAAUAAAUUGGGAGUCAUUAGCAUUUGCUUAGUAAGGAGUAUGUUGCCAUUCCAAAUAACUACAACUAUAACCACUCUUUAAUUAAACCUUUAUUCAUUAACACGAAGUAAGGCACAUAAUCUGUUUUGUAGUAAAAUCCUUAAUCAAUGGCUUUAUUCGGGAUUAAGACCACCACAUCUGAAGAUAGAAAAAUUAUCAAGCAAUUGAACUAGAAUUUCUUCAAAAUAUUUCUGAAUUCUGGAGGGAAAAACAGCACAAAUAUGCUUAGUCAAACAACAAAUCCAUCUUCUUUAGCAACACCUAGUACAAAAAAUGCAAGUAUAAUAAAUCAAAAAUAUGUUGGUGAGGAGUACCUUAAAAGCAAGAUGACAAUGGAUAGACCAAGACCAGUAACUAAUUUAGGAUAAAACUUUUAGACUGGUCAUACAGCAAGUCUCGGAAGUAUAUCAUCCUCUCACUUUUAAUCUCCAAAACUAAGCUAUAAUCAGCAUCCAUUAGAUAAUCAAAGAUCAGAGUAUUAUCAAAGAAACUUGGCAAAUAAGGAAUUACAAAAAAACAGAUUAAAGAUAAAAGCAAUUAUUGACAAAUCCUAAUCAAGGAACUCCUCAAUAAAAAAGGAUGAUACGUAGUCAAGUCUAAGCACAUCAUAAAUAAACAAUGGGAAUCAAGAAUAGAAAUAUAACAAUUAAAGGGUAGCUCGUAAAAUUAUAGCAGUAAAUGCCUAGUCAAAAGAACUUGGUUUAAUACGAUCAAGAAAGUCUAGAGGACCUUCUAAAGGAUCAUAGUCUCUUACUAAAGUAUUAUCUUCAGAAUUAUUAAAAUAGAUAAACGAUAACAGCCCUAUGAAUAAUGCACCAAAAAGAAAAACUCAGAAGAAUGUAAGCUAGAUUGAACUCCCUAAUAUCCCAAUUAAAGUUUCCUAGGACAUAGACGAUUGGCAAAUAAGAGAGAGAGCUAGUUCUAGCUUGCUCAUGGUGAAAGGAAGCCUUAAUAGUAACGGACUUGAUACAUCAAUGGAUCAGAUAAGUACUCCAAUGAUGGGUUUCUCUCCAGAUAUGAAUACAAAACACUUAUAACCGCUUGCAGGUGAUGUUUCUUUCAGGAAUUUGAGGGCAGACAAGAAUAAUUGCAAAGUUGAACUGAUCCAAUUGCAAUAAAGAAUUACGGAGAGGUUGAACAAUUAUCAAGAAGAAAAUCACUAACUAAAAUAAUUUAUUAAGACGAUUCUUGAGGAAAACAGAAAUCUGAAAUAAAGACUAAUGGAAAAGGAUGAACCUAAUUUUGAUGAGUAUUGCUACGAUGAAGAGUAACUUUUACAAUACGAAAAGCACAAAUAAUCUCUGCUUAUUCAAGAUUAAUAAUCUUAAUGA